CUAAUUACUCUUGAUACGCACGUGGUAAGGAAGAAGCGUGUGGCCAGAUAAAGAAAAGUCGGGGUUUUACUUUUUAAGUUUUAUUUUAAAGGCUACAAAUCGAUUUAUUUUUAUUAUCAUGAUAAUGAAAACUAAGAAACAAAUAGCUCAAACAAAAUUGGCGAAUAAGAAAAAUGGAACAAAGACAGUGGAGGUUGUUAAAAAACAAUUGAAGAAAAAGUUGAAAGAGGAAGAUAAUGAAGAGAUGGAAUUAGAGGACUCUGAAGAAUUGAAUGAGUCAGGCUCAGAGGAUGAAGAAUCAGAGCUAGAAGAUGAAGAAGACUCUGACUUGGAAGAUGAAGAAGACUCCGACUUGAAAGAUGAAGAAGACUCUGAUAAUAAUGACAAAGAUGAAGAAAAUGAAGAUGGUAGAAUGGGAAAAGCAGCUAAAGGCAAGAAAUUUACAAAAAGUUGAGACUCCAACUAAAAGGAAAUUGGAAGAAAAAGGUGAAACUGCAAUUCAAAAGAAAAAAAACAGGAUGGAAACCCGUGAAGUAAAGGUGGCAACUCCUGAUUCAAAUAAAAAAGGAAUUAAGAGGAAAGGGCAAGAAGAUGAUAUAGAGAAUACAGUUGUUAAAAAAGCAAAACCCUUAGAUGAUGAACUCAGAGCAUUAACAGAGAAAAGAAUAAAAGAAAGAAAUUCUCGGACUUUGUUUAUUAGAAUGCUACCUGAAGAUGUAACAGUUGCAGAAGUAAAAGCUCUCUCCCCAGACAUUGUGACUUGUCGAAUUCCUAUCAAAAAGAAAAGGAAGAAUAAAAAUGUGUUUGCAUUUGUGGAGUUUAAUAGUGAAGAAAAAUCAGAAGAGAAUUUUGAGAAAUUAAAGAAGAAAACAGUUCGAGGAAAGCAAAUAUUUGUUGAUUACACUGGAGAAAAAAGCUUAACACAUAAACCCUCUCAUCAAAAUUGGGAUGUAGAUAAGAAAGUUUUGUUCAUUACCAAUAUAGAUCCAAGUACGACAUUAGAAGAUUUGGGUGAAUUUUACCCACGUUCUUCAGAAAUUAAAUUUCAGAAACCUGCAAAAGAUGGUCAUUUCAGGGAAGCAUAUGUGAAGUUUGAGACUGAAGAGGCAGCAGCAGAGGCAUUUAAAAAAAGUGAUAAUCUGAAGAUGAAAGGGAACAUUCUUGUGGUGCUUUUUGCCCAUCUUAAAAUCCAAACCAACCAAUCAAAAACAAAAAAGAGGAAAAAGUUUCAGAAAAAACAAAAAUCCGAGAACCAGAAGGAAGAAGAGUAUGAGAGUGAUAGUGAUGAGUAAAUGAAACUAGAUUUAUUUUCUGUUUGUUUUAUGUAAUACAAUCUCAUUAUUUAUGAGAAAAAGUGGCAAGUCAAUAAAGUUUCUUAUACACUCUCCAA